UCGAACAGAAACAUUAUUCCAAUCACAUUUAUCUUGCAGUCUGGGAAAAGGGAUGGCAGGUUUCUCUGGAGCCGUGCUUGAGAAUGAGGGGGUAUCUGAUCACAGACGUAUUACCAACGCAACCAGCUGCCAUUUCAGCCACCGCAGCUCCUACGAGCCCUCCAUUUUUCUCUAAUUCUUAAAAAAAAGAAAGGAAAGGAAACGGGCUAGAGUAUAUAUUUAUUUUUGGGAUCUGCGCACUUCCUUCUUUCUCUAUUCAGCAUUUAAAGGUCGCUUUUUAAUGGACGUGUGUAUAUUGAUUCCUUCUGAUUUGUGAUUUGUUUUCAGUUUCACGGUAAUGAAAAUAAAGCCACAAUGGUUCGCAUUGCUAGCGCGCUGGGUGUAGUAAUGCUAAGCGUCGCCUUGAUCAUUUUAUCCUUGAUCAGCUACGUGUCAAUCAAAAGAGAUAACAUCUUCACAACCCCAAAAUAUGCGGGUUCGGGGGCUCCUCGGAUGUACAUGUUUCACGCCGGAUUUCGGUCACAGUUUGCAAUGAAGUUUCUAGAUCCAUCUUUUAUUCCACUUACAAAUGCUUUAAAUGAAGAACUGCAAGAGAAGCCAUCCAAAUGGCAAUUCAACAGGACAGCUUUCUUACAGCAAAGGAAAGAAAUUCUACGCUACAUCGAUGUAGCAAAAAACUUCACCUUGACCAAGAGUGGUGUCCGAGUUGGCCAGCUGAUGCAUUAUGAUUAUUCCAGCCAUAAAUAUGUGUUUUCCAUUAGCAAUAAUUUCAAAUCACUUCUUCCCGAUGCAUCACCUGUAUUAAAUAAGCAUUACAAUGUCUGUGCAGUAGUAGGGAACAGUGGCAUACUUACAGGUAGCCAGUGUGGACCAGAAAUAGACAAGUCUGAUUUUAUUUUCCGUUGCAAUUUUGCACCCACCGAGAUUUUCCAAAAAGAUGUUGGAAGAAAGACCAACCUCACGACUUUUAACCCCAGUAUUCUUGAAAAGUACUACAACAAUCUUCUCACAAUCCAGGACCGUAAUAACUUUUUUCUUAGUCUGAAAAAAUUGGAUGGUGCCAUUCUUUGGAUCCCAGCUUUUUUUUUCCACACAUCAGCGACCGUCACCAGAACCCUGGUUGAUUUUUUUGUGGAGCACAAAGGACAAUUAAAAGUGCAGUUGGCUUGGCCUGGAAAUAUAAUGCAGCAUAUUAACAGGUACUGGAAGACUAAGCAUUUAGCUCCUAAACGUCUGAGCACGGGCAUUCUCAUGUACACUUUGGCUUCAGCAAUGUGUGAAGAGAUCCACCUUUAUGGAUUUUGGCCCUUCGGUUGGGAUCCCAACACAGGAAAAGAACUUCCAUAUCACUACUACGACAAGAAAGGGACCAAAUUCACCACAAAGUGGCAAGAAUCUCAUCAACUUCCAACCGAGUUUAAGCUGCUUUACAAAAUGCACGAGGAAGGGUUGACCAAACUGACUCUUUCACACUGUGCCUAGUAAGUCAAUAUUAUUAAAAGUGCCAAAAUAUCAUUAAGUGAUGCCCUACCUGGGUCCAUUGUGGACAUAAUAGUGAUCACAACUCACUUCAUAAUGUAUUGUGUUACCAGACGCAGUGACUUAGUAUGUGCAAACUGACCGCCAGUCUCGGAAUUACGGUUUCAAUUAUUUUGUUUGCACAUUUAAGGGACCAAUUUUUUUUUUUGGAAAUGCUGAAUUAGAAGAUUUAUUACUGUUAUGUUGAAUGGGUUUGGAAAAUAUUUUACGCAUGUAAGCCACAGAGAAAGUAAGAAAAUGAAAAACAGUGAGUGAGGGCUGGAUUAUAUGUAUUCCUUUUGAACAGAUUAAUUUUCCCCAGAAAAGAAACACUGAAAAAGUUUGUGAACCUUUUCACUUCAAAUCUGUUUGCUCAGAAUAUGUAAAACAACAAAUCUCAUAAUGUCCACAAAGCUUUGAGUGCAUUGUUUUAGACUCAAAGCACCACACAGCCAACAUCAUAACAGAAUGAGAAAUAAAUAAUGGCAUAUUCAGCUCUUAAAAUCCAACAUGUUAGGCCGAAGAAAGUUCAUUCAUUUAGGAGUCAAAACGAUAAAACUGCCAGCAUGUCUUUCAGGAGGACUUAGUAGGGCACCACCUCAUUGUAUUCCAACUCUCAUCACUCUGCAUUGCACUGUUUGCAUUUUGUGGACAAAUUCUCCUUAAGGGAACUAUAUGAAGGCAUUUCCACAAAAAGUGUCACACACUUGUUACAAUGACACUUCCUUUUUAUGUAUUUUAUAAUGUUGUCCAGUGUAGUAUUAGGAUGGUAUGAGUUCAGGAUUCACAUAACUGUCUUUGAAUCAGUGUGGCACAUGUUUAAAUGAAGUGAGGGAAUGGUGGGCGGCUUGUCAAUGAGGAGAAGCUAAAUGAUGCAUGUUAUAAAAAGUAUCCGGAUGAGGUAUUGGGACACCGUGAAUGGACUGAAUGGUCUUCUCAAAAUCCUAUCUGGUGUUCUGCUGCAUAUCCCAAUGUUUGUUUAGCUGCAGCCGAGGAUGCAGGUGUAAUUGUGUAAUUGUGUUUCCUGAAAAUGGUUGAUUUUCAUAAAUAAUGAACAAGACAGUAAACGACAUAGGUAAAGAACAUGGUGGACGGCUUGUCAAUGAGGAGAAGCUAAAUGAUGCACGUUAUGAAAAGUAUCCGGAAAAGGUAUUGGGACAACGCGAAUGGACUGAAUGGUCUCCUCAAAAUCCUAUCUGGUGUUCUGCUGCAUAUCCCAAUGUGUUUGUUUGGCUGCAGCCGAGGACGCAGGUGUAAUUGUGUAAUUGUGUUUCCUGAAAAUGGUUGAUUUUCAUGAAUAAUGAACAAGACAGUGAACGACAUACGUAAAGAACAAGUGAUUUUUGUGAGUGUUUCCCGAGCCCCUCAUUAUCUGACAUUUAACAAAGAUAUUCAAAGUACAUCUUUGUUUGCUCCCCAAAAACAUCCACAUCGGAAAAUUACAGACUGUCGACAGCAGGAACAUCCAUCCCACGCAUUUCAAUUGUCAAAUAUAUCUUAUACUGUCACACCAGAUGUGCAAGUAAAACUAAUAAUAAAUCACGGAAAACUCACAAAAGCACUCAAAAUAAAGACCAACUUUAGUUAUUCUUAUUAGAUAAACAUCAAAAAAUGGGCACAAAACAUGACGUGACUUCCUUGCAAAAAAGAACAAUGGUGAGCAGCGAUUAAAAAAAGGUAGCAACACUUCACAAAAGAGUAGUUUAAACAAGAUAUGAACAAGAUGCCAAAAAAUAAAGAAGUGUUGCCUUUCAAGGCACAUCAAAGCCCCAUGAGGACUUGUUCGGGCACUGGAACUGAAUCUUUUUAUGCCUGGAGCGUGCUGUAUGUGGUGUUAUAGCUCUCCUCAGCCACUGUUUGGGGACUGAACCAUGUAGUUAGCAAGUGUUUAUGAAGAGGAUGCCCUAUACCAGAUAGAAGUAUCAUGUGUAAUCUCAGGCCACUUGGCCACACUGUCUGUAAAAAGUUCUUGAUGAAGGCAUUUCACUUGGAACGUUUAGCAAUGAGAACCCUUUUCAACUCGUGUAGAUGGGAUUCAAAAGGUUGGGAAUAGGAAUAGGGAUAAGCAUUCCAUCCACUGCAACUGUAAUGCCAGGUAU